AUGCGUGGAAUUCAAGUCAAGCAAUACGUCGAAGGACCAUUGGACCUUACAGUCUCAGACCUGCCAGAUCCGAAGCCUCAACCAAAUCAGUAUGCCAUCGAAGUCCAUGCCACCGCGACCAACUUCUUCGACCUUCUCCAAAUUCGUGGAAAGUACCAGCAUCAACCACCGCUACCAUGGGUCUCAGGUGCCGAGUUCAGCGGCGUGAUCACAGCGACACCAACUUCUGGCAAGGUAGCGAAGUACAAGGUCGGCGAUAAAGUCUUUGGGUCGGCAAUGGGAGGAUAUGCGACUAAAGUGUGUGCCAAGGAAGAACAGCUCAGACUCGUCCCCAAAGGCUGGACGUUCUUCGAGGCAGCCGGUCUGUUCGUGACCAUGCCUACGAGCUAUGCUGGUUUGGUGACACGAUGUAACAUCAAAGCUGGAGAUUGGGUCCUGGUACACGCGGCAGCUGGUGGUGUUGGCCUAGCUGCGGUGCAGAUUGCAAAAGCAUUUGGCGCGACAGUCAUUGCCACUGCGGGCACACCUCACAAGCUUUCGGUGGCUAAGCGAUUUGGCGCAGAUCAUGUUGUAGAUUAUCGACAAGACGACUGGCCACAGCAGGUGAAGAAGCUUACGCCAAAGAGCAGGGGAGUAGACAUCGUCUACGAUCCCGUCGGGUUGAUAGACAAGAGCACAAAGUGCAUUGCGUGGAACGGUCGCUUGUGCGUGAUUGGCUUCACUGGUGGGCCGAUAGAAAAGGUGGCAACGAACAAGAUGCUGCUGAAGAAUAUCAGUGUGGUUGGUCUGCAUUGGGGCGCCUACACUCAGAACCAGCCGGAGAUGAUCACAGAGGUUUGGGAUCGACUAUUCGAGCUGUUCGAGAGCCGGAAAGUGGUAAGCACAAACUAUACCGACAAGAAAUUCGUUGGCCUGGAGAAGGUGCCAGAAGCGCUGAAGGCGUUGGGUGAGAGAGGGACAUGGGGCAAGGUGGUCGUGCAGGUGCCGCAGGAAGGGCAGAGUAAGCUAUAA